UAUAUGUUCAAUCAUCUUCCCACAUUGUAAGAUAUUUUAACUACUUACCCAUAAAAAGCGGCUGUGAUAGUUGUGGCAUUGUGACAGUAACCAAGAAAGUGACAAUUACAUAAUGAACUCGUUUUUUGUAAUAAAAAUAUGCAAUAAUGCUGCAUCGGGAUGUUUAUACGCACAUAUUUGUCAACUCUGUUUGCAACAAGGAAACCUAAAAAUGCAGUUUAUACCACACAAUAUCCAGGUCUGGUUUGUAACUCUAUGCUUUGUCGUCAGCCUUGUAUGGGCACGUCCACAACGGUAUGCACACAUCGCAGUUAUCGAAAAUGAUGCAUAUGAACAAACCUUGCCUAAUGCGCUGAGAAAUCCCUUCUAUAAGACGCCUCGAGUGCGCGAGGCACUAGCCAAAUCAAGUUGGUUCGGACCAGGCGAGGAGCCGGUAUAUGAUCGGCAAGCGGAGAAAAUACCACGCGCUGAGAUCUACAACGUUCUCGCUCAUGCCGGAUUCAUUAAUCGAAGAGGAAAAUUAAUUUAAAUUGGCGACUGAGAAAACCAAAGAGUUCUGGGCACCACUAGCGACAAGCGUCAAAUAGGAUUAUUCGUGGCCUCACGAAUAAUCAGCCUAUUUACCUAACCUCACCUGACUGAGAAGUGUACUUAUAGCAUCCAAAAUAUCAUACUUAUAAAAACCAAUUUUUUAUUUAGGAUUCGUUGGCAACAAACAAAAUCAGUAUAUAUAUUAUAUUACAACGGAUUUAAUUUAUAUUUUAAAAAUAUUUCAUUGCAGUCAUAAACAUUAAGUAUUGCCCAGUUGCGAAGUAAAUGAGGCAAAUUGAUACAUUUGAAGUUUGAAUGUUCACAGUUAUAUAUAAAAUGGUACAUAUUGAAACGGUUUUAAAUAAAUUUAGCUUAGUAGAAACUAAGCGUUUAGAAAAAA